AAAGGUGCGCUGCAGGAGCGGGGAAGACCCCGGGAAAACUGACGUCACCAGACGGAACUCCCCUCGCCCGCAGCCCGGAGACCGCCGCCGUGUAGACCCGGCCUCAGUAACACACAGCCAGUGGACUGGUGGCCGGUGUGCGCGCAGGGUACCGGAGAUGGUGUCCUUUGUGAACGGUGGAUGUUGCUCCGAGACUGUUUACAAACGGAGACGGACGAGCGGCGCGUCUCCUCCGACAGACGAGCUCACACCGGUCCACCAGCGGCAGACUGUCCGGCACAGAAAGCAGACACUCAUGUCCAAGUUGAGUGACUCCGGUUUCGAGGAAGACUUGGGUUCCUCCCCGAUUUCAUCCCCGGCUCGGAUAGAUGUGUCCCCGCUCCGUUCAGACGAGCCUCCCGCAGGACAGCUGUCCACCUGGUACCUCCAGUACGGCGAUAUGGGAUACAAGAUCCAGAGGGAGAAGGAGGCGCAGUUUCAUCCCUGCAAAAGCUUGGCACGCCAACCACAAUUGACUGCAGAGGCCCGGUGUACGCUCGUCAGCUGGCUCAUCCCUGUACACAAACAUUUCUGUCUGUCCUUUGAGUGCUGCUGCCUGGCAGUGAACAUCAUGGACAGGUUUCUGGCGUCCACGCCGGUGGCUGCUGACUGCUUCCAGCUACUGGGUGUCACUGCACUGCUUCUAGCCAGUAAACAGGUGGAGGUGUGCUCUCCGCGGAUCAGCCACCUCUUGUCGUUCUGCUGUGAUGCCUUCACUAAGGAGCAGCUCUGCAACCUGGAGUGUCUCAUCCUCCUCCGGCUCAACUUCCGCCUCGCUGCACCCACCCUGGCCUUCUUCCUGGACUAUUACACUAACUCCAUCGAGGCUGCCCACCAUGUGUCUGAGAACACAGGUGGCAACAGGUUUGCAAGAAUGAUUCCAGACACAAAAAGACCAAGGCGGUGCAGCAACCUUGCACGAAAGGUGUGCGAGUUGAGUCUAGCGGACUAUGCUUUCAACAAAUACCCACCAUCUCUGACUGCAAGCUGUGCACUGACGCUGGCCAGUGAGCUAGUGAAAACUGAACAGGGGCUUGUAGAGCAUGCAACAGUCCAGUCAGAGAAAGACCAGUGGGGCAGUUUUGUGGAUGAACUAUGUACCCAACCACAUUCUGCCCAACCACCUGAGAGCCCUGAGCUUUCUGAGGGAGACUUUCUGUCCUCUCUCAAGGGCCACUUCUUGUCUGUGAGUCCAGGGAGCUUCAACCACAGUCUAGCCCAGGAAUGCAAAGACAACCUGAAGUUGCUGGUGUCAUUAAACCAGGAGACAUUGCAAAAGAUGUCUGCUAUGUGA